GGCAGGCGAUACAGCAGGUGGCGCUGCCUGCCAACGCCAGGAGAAGAAUUGCCUACAGCGGGAGGAGGCGAGGCCGACUCGGUUUGCGGCGGGAGAAACCAACGCGGCCCCGGAGCAGGGGGGGAAUGCAGCACCUUCAUUGACCUUCGCUUCCCCACUGCCGCAAAGUGGCACGAGCGGCGGCCGCCGGCACCCUCGCUCGCCUCCGUGCGCCCCGUUGCAGUGGCCGCGAUGCCGUGGCUGGCGCUGGCCGCGGCUCUGGGGGCGCUAGCCGCCUUCUUCGCCUGCCUGGACGGCUGGUACCUGCUGCGGAUGCCCCUGACGCUGCUCUACGCCCGCUGGGCGCUGGCCCCCGUCCGGGACCUGCUGCAGGAGCAGAGCUUCCCGAGCUGGGUCCUGCCGGGUGACCUGGACUGCCUGCUGCACAUGAACAACGCCCGGUACCCGCGGGAGGCCGACCUGGCGCGGGCCGUCCACCUGACCCGCUGCGGGCUCUUCCGCGCCGUCCGGGAGCUGGGCGCCCACACCGUCCUGGCCGCCGCCGCCUGCCGCUACCGCCGCUCCCUCCACCUGCUCGAGCGCUUCGCCAUCCGCACGCGGCUCCUGGGCUGGGACCGGCGCGCCUUCCUCCUCGAGCAGCGCUUCGUCCGCGCCCGCGACGGCUUUGUCUGCGCCGUCCUCCACGUCCGGCAGCACGUCGCGGGGGCCAGCCCCGCGGAAGCCGUCGAGCGCCUCUGCCGCAGGAAGGUGGAGUCUCCGGAUCUUCCGGAAGAGGUCCUACUCUGGCUGAAGUACAAUGAGGUCAGCAGCCAAAAGUUGAGGGCAGAGAGCGAUUUCCAGGAAGAUAAUAAAGAUGAGUAAUGGGAUUCCUCAAGCCUACCCCAUACUUUAUCCAUCUAUGCUGGACCACUCCUUCACUUCAGCAGAAUCACUAAGGUUUGUUAAGCGUCCCCUUUUCAGCUGUACUGAAAAAGUCAUUGAUGAUCCUACCCAAUGCUCUUCGCUACAGCAUCAGUAAAGCCAGCCAGAUUGAUGGGCAGAAUCAAUCCCAAAGGAUUUGGACUGGGCAGAAGUAUCUUACGGUCCCACUACAUCAGCAGUCGUAAACAUUGAAAUAAUGUUGCACUCACACAGCAGUGGUAUAGCACUGGCGUCACUUCCCGGCACUGGAUUGAAUAGCAAUGCCUAUCCUCAUCCAAUGGACAUUACUGAAGAACAGGAUUGACAUGGAUUUAAGCCUGAUGUGAAUUUGGCCUCAUUAAUGAAAGCCAACCCUGGUCAUGUAUUGUGGUGACCACCGUGGCCCAAAAGAAUUAGGAGAGAUGUGUUUUAGGCCUAUGAAAGGAACCCAGUUUCCCUCUUUAUUGAGGUCAUCACAGUUCCAGGGUUCUGAAGAAACCAAAGUAUAAAUAUACAACCUGGGAAGACUGGAUUGUCUGCUUGUAGACUAGAGUCAGCAGUGUUGAUCCACGGCAGGGAUGAGGGAACUGAGCCUUUCCAGAUGUUGCUAGACUAAAGCCCUCAUCAUUCCUGACCAUUUGCCUGGCUGCCUGGGACUGAUGGGAGAUGGAGUCCAACAACAUCUGGGCAGUACCCUAAUCUACUGUGACUGGUCAACUGUUUUUUCCAGUUCAUACACAUCUGGCUUUAGGGUAGGCUUGCUGUCUUGUGAAUGCUUCAACUCAGAGGUGGAGAACCUUUGGCCCUCCAGACAUUGCUGGGCUAGAGGUCCCAUCUUCCCUGACCAUUGGCCACAUUGGCUGGGGCCAAUGGGAGUUGGAUUCCAAACAACAGCUGGAGGGCCACAGUUUUGCUAUCCCUACGUUAUUUAAAUAGAGACAUAGGUGGGCAUCCCUCAAAGGCCAAACAAAUGCACAGCACAGACACACCUCUGUCUUGCUGGAAGGUCAUGUGUUCCAGGAAUAUCCCACCCACGUCCUCAAAGCAGAACCAGCCAGAGUUUGAUGUCCGUGUGACAAAAUACACGAAAGGAGCACAGAGUUAUUCUAUGCUAUAUGGUUCUUCCAUUUUGGGGAAAUUUCUCCCAUGCUUUUGGUGAAUCAGGAGAAGGCGAAAUUUCCAUGUGGUUUUAAAAAGUUCUGAGGAAAAGUUAUUUGUUUGUUCUUUGUUGUUAUUUAAUAACCAACUUUGAUCGAUGGUUUUCAAUAAGUAAAGAAAAGGUUAAAUCUGUUUGAAUAGAAGUGUAAAACCAUUUUGGACAGGAUAAUCAGCGUUACAGAUGAGUUGCAUUUAUUUAAUUUAUUUUGCACUGAUAGCAUUGCUUUUCUGUUAAAGGAGGUUUACCAUUUACAUUUAUAAUACAUUUACAGUUGGUUGGAAAAGGUGAAGAGCAGAGAGGAAAUUGAUGAGACUCAGGAACCAGUUCUUACAUAAUUUAAAGAAUGGCUGCAUGCUGAGCAGGUGAAUGGCCACAGUGAGAGGAAGGUUUGGGAGGGGGGCUUCAGUGUCUCACCUGCCUAGAUUAUGUAGCCACGUGAAAGUCAACACUACAAGGCCAAGGACAGCCAAUCUGGUGCCCUCCAAAUGCUGUUGGACUACAACUCCCAGCAUCCCUGAUUGUUAGCCAUGCUGGUCACAGUUGAUGAGAACUGGGGUCCAAGAUCAUGUGCAGAGCAGAUAUUGGCCGUCCCUGAGUUACACAACACAGCUUCGGACUAGACACCUCAGAUUAACUUGAAAAUUUUCUGAGGUCUUCCUGCCGCCCUCCCCCGCAACUGAAAAAAACCUUGGAUCAUUCUUCCAAGCUAAUCCAAGGGCUUUUAAAGAUGCUCUCUGCCAGUGCCCUCCCCGCCUCCCACCCACUGUGGGUGAACAGUUAAAUGUUAUAUGCAAUGUAAAUACAUACAAAUAAAUAGAAUCUGGUGCUACUGUGUGAAAAAGGGUUGUCUUAUUUCCUCUGUUGUGGGAGGAUGGUGUUUCAGGACGAAUUCUACCAUAUUUCACCAAAUCUGUACAAUCUAUAUUUUGGUCAGGUAUAUUCCGUCAUGAGGACUAGAUCCAGGCAGCUGUUGAUGGCUUGUGAAAGAGCCGCUAUGCUAGGGACAUGA